UAAAAGAGUAUAAGUAGGACUAUAACCCAGAAUAUUUUUUUCAGUAAAAAUAGUGAAAAUCCUCAGUGAAUUCUUUAAUUCAACAGUGAUGGAAAACAGAGAGGAAACAAUGAGAGUAAAGGAAGAGCCGAACUAUAAUUGCCCAAAUCUAGGCGACAAUGAUGAUUACGAUCCAGUGGACUCUUGCGAAGUCAAACACUUUGAAAGAUUUCCGUUUUAUAAAUUAUCAGAAAAUCACAUAAAUGAGGUUAUGGAGUUACAGGAAAAGGCAGCUGCAAAAAUAUUUAUAGAUUUCGAGUGCCAAAACGUUAAACCUGAACUGCCGUCACUAUCGACAAGUAUCUGCAAAACUGAGUGUCCAAAUUUCCUACCUAUUGUAAAAAUAGAACAUCAAAAUCAGAAUCAUGACAUAAAUGAAAGUAUAAACAUCGAUUUUGAGUGCAAACAUGUUAAACCUGAAAUGAAACUUUUAUCGACGAGCACCUGCAAAACUGAGUAUCAAAGUUAUCAGCCUGUUGAGAAAAUAGAAAACCACGUUCAGAACUAUCACUUAAAGGAUAAAGGAUUUGGACGAAAAAGAACCCUCAAAAGUUACUUCAAUGCAGAACAUUAUCGAAGUAGUCCCCUUCCGUGUCAGAUUUGUCAGAAGCCAUUUGCAAAUAAGGCUCACCUAGAAAUCCACAUUAAAGCAGUACAUGAUCAUAUCAAACCCUUCGAAUGUGAGAUUUGUCACAAAUCAUUUAGACGCCAGAGUGACCUCAAAAAACAUACAAUAACUGUACAUGAUCGGAACAAACCAUUUGAAUGUGAUGUUUGUCACAAAUCAUUUGGACGAAAAGAAAAUCUCAAAGUUCACUUCAAAACAGUACAUGAUCGUAUCAAACCCUUCGAAUGCGAGAUUUGUCACAAAUCAUUUGGACGUAAAGGUACCCUUGAGAGACACAAAAUAGUAGUACAUGAUCGUAUUCACCUCAAAGCUCACAUCAAUACAGUACAUGAUCCGCAGCAAACUCUUCUAGUGUGA